AUGGCCAGGUAUCCCAGGGUUGAUAAAAUCAGCAACGGCAAGAAGACAGUGAAGAAGGGUGCUUGGAGUGCUGAUGAAGAUAGGAAACUGGUGGCUUAUAUCAUGCGAUAUGGCAUUUGGAACUGGACUCACAUGGCCGAACCUGCUGGCUUAGCAAGAACCGGAAAGAGUUGCCGACUUCGGUGGAUGAACUAUCUGAGGCCCAACAUCAAGCAUGGCAACAUCACCAAAGAAGAGGAGGAAAUCAUUAUCAACUUGCACCGAGUUCUUGGUAAACGUUGGGCCACAAUUGCAAGUCGACUUCCAGGAAGAACAGACAAUGAGAUAAAGAACUACUGGAAUACUCACUUGAAGAAACGCUGCGCCCAGGAAAAGUUGGAAAUGCCAAUUGCAUGUGAUCCUCAUCCGCUGAGCAGAUCGGAGAAUGGAGGUCCUAGACGUGUCAGCAAUGAAGAUGGGCACCGGCCAAGGAGCUCCGAAUGGAACGGAGUACUUCAAACUUCCCACCAGAAAACAGGGCAGAAAAGAGGAGUUUCGGCGCGGGCAGUGGGAGUGGCGGAAAUCGACGGCCACGGCAGAUUUCUGGCGAUUGAGACCGACGAAGAACACCUGUGA